AUGCUCGAGGCGAGACUUCAACAAGCUGCUCUUUUAAAAAAACUCUUGGACGCCAUUAAGGAUCUGGUCGUCGACGCUAACUUUGAUUGCAAUGAUAGUGGCAUCUCGUUGCAGGCUAUGGAUAGUUCUCAUGUUGCCUUGGUGUCUAUGUUAAUUAAAUCUGAUGGUUUUGAACCUUACCGUUGCGAUCGCAAUAUUGCUCUCGGUAUUAACCUAAAUGCUUUAUCCAAGGUUCUCCGUUGUGCUCAAAAUGAAGAUCUUGUGACCCUCAAGGCCGAGGACACACCAGAGUUACUCAACCUUGUAUUUGAGAGCGAAAAAAAUGACCGCAUUUCGGACUACGACAUUAAACUUAUGGACAUUGACCAAGAACAUCUCGGUAUUCCCGACAUUGAGUAUGAUGCCACCAUCACCAUGCCUUCGGCAGAGUUCCAACGCAUCACUCGUGAUCUGCUUACCCUCAGUGACUCUGUCACUAUUCAUGCAAGCAAGGAGGGCGUUCGUUUCAGUUGCAGAGGUGACAUCGGUAAUGGAAGCACCACGCUGAAGCAACACACAGACCUUUCCGACAGCGAUCAGAGCAUUGAGAUUUCGCUCACCCAAGCUGUUUCUCUUACCUUCUCCCUUAAGUAUCUGGCUCAGUUUACCAAGGCUACGCCUCUUGCUACUCGUGUUACGCUUUCCAUGAGUAGCGAGGUCCCUCUUCUCGUUGAGUAUAAGAUGGAGUCCGGCCAUCUUCGUUACUACCUUGCCCCCAAAAUUGGCGAAGAGGACGAAGAGUAA